UUUUGUCAACCGCCAUAACAAAAAAUCAAAACAAAUGUAGAGAUUGAAAAAGAGUCAGAAGUGCGAGUCACAUUUUUAAAGAUUAUCAUAUAAAAUUGUUCUUUCCUCAACAAAAACACACUAAUAAUUAAAAAAUGAUAGAAAUUACAUGUAACGAUAGGUUGGGUAAAAAGGUGCGAGUAAAAUGCAACCCGGAUGACACUGUAGGCGAUUUAAAGAAGCUGAUUGCUGCACAAACAGGCACAAAAUGGGACAAAAUUGUGUUAAAAAAAUGGUAUACCACUUUUAAGGACCAUAUACAGCUACAAGAUUAUGAAAUCCAUGAUGGAAUGAACAUUGAGCUGUAUUAUCAAUAAUCUGGGGGAGAACUUGAUAUGGUUAAAGUGUAUAAUAAAUAAAACUUUCUUUUAUUUCUAAUAAACAA